AUGCUCUCCCAUCUCCUUCUUCCCUCCUCCAACGCCCAUCUCUUUGCAUCUGGCCCCUCGACAGACCACUUUCGGCCACAGGAUGACAUCCACGCUGCCACCGGUCACCAGAACAACACCAACGAUGGUGUAGCAUCCGUCGCCGGACAGGGGACUACUUCGGCUCCCUGGGCGCUCACCUCGCCUUUUCCGGAGUACGUCUGCAUCCCAGCACUCGUCCACCGAUCACAACUCGCAUCCUUCACCGCCAGCAUCGCCAGCCCCGUUGAGGCCAUUAGUCCCGCGCUGUCACCGCAAGAGCAAAUGGGGCCGACGGCUCAGAGCGGCACGAGCGCGGCCCAGCGCAAGACCCGCGGCGUGAAGAUUGCUUGCACGAAUUGUCGAUUGGCGAACAAGCGGUGCGACGAAGGACGGCCGUGCGAGCGCUGCGUCAAGAACGGACUUGAACACUCGUGCGUCAGUGCUGAGCGCAAGCGGCGAAGGCGGACAGUGCGACAGACCGCAACGGCGAAGCUGACGCUUUCGACCACGCAAGUCUCGGUAGAGACGCCCCUGACCUCGGAGGCCACCGACCGACGACCCUACGGCGGCCACAGUCCAUGUUACGGCUGGCACGUCGUAUGCCGAUGA